CCGCUUGCUGGGAGGGGGGAAGGAAGGAGGACGCCAUCUUGGUGGUGCAGCGCCGGGAGCUGCGGGGAGCGGGGCUCGUUGCGGAGCCUGUCCCGGCGGCCUGUCCGUUAAGUUGAUUUUACAGAAUUUAUCAGGUCUUCCAAGCAGAAACAGGUAAGCUGCCAAAAGCUUAACACUUUUCACUGAGUAUUGUGAAAAGAUCACACACGGCCUUUUCUCACAGACUUGUGGCUGGGAAAUAGGAAAUACCCUCCUGAGUGCAUGUGGCUGCUGCAGUUAAUACUCUGACUACAUGAAAGAGACAACAUUUUUGAACGCUGAGAAAAUAUACACAUUAUUGAACAGAACUGAUCACUGAGUAGAGCAACUUGACCAAAGCAUUAAAGUCAUCAUUGUUGGUGAAUUACUUCAUUUUUCAGUGAUGUAGUUAUUCUUUUUUCUUUCUUAUUUUAUCGUCUAGUAUUUUCUGCAUUAUGAUAGCAAGUCUCUUGACCAAAGUAAGCAGGAAUUUUUUUGUUCCUUAGGAUUGGGCAGAGAUCUCUGGCAUACAGUAAUUAUGCCGUGAAGGUCUUAGGUGUUCCUUAUGUAUUGUGGAUGGUGAGGAGUGACUUAGGUGUGGAUUUUGUUGCCCUUAGGAUACGGAAUAUUGAUAGAUCUGUGCACAUGUGCAGGUGGAGUAGCUAAUUGUUCUGACUAAUCAACUUCCAGUGAAUCCUGCUUUAAUCUUAUUCUUGUGUGAACUUGUGAGUUUUUUGUUUGAUGCCUUUUCUCUUGAUUGAGACAAGGACAUUGAUUAAAAAGGCUCUAGCUUAAGUGUUAAGAUACUGUAAUAGCUGAGUACUAAAGACGUGCUAUCAUGUGUACCUUUUUGUCUGCAGGUGAUUUUUGCUGUGGGUUGAGCUCAGCAUGGCUGUAGUCAUCCGUUUACAGGGGCUUCCUGUUAUUGCGGGUCCUGCAGAUAUUCGUCGUUUCUUCUUGGGAUUGAAUAUUCCUGAUGGAGGUGUGCAUAUUAUUGGAGGAGAAAUUGGGGAGGCUUUUAUUAUAUUUGCAACAGAUGAAGAUGCACGACGUGCGAUGAGCUGUUCAGGAGGGUUUAUUAAGGACUCGCGCAUAGACCUCUUUCUCAGCAGCAAGACAGAAAUGCAGAAUACCAUAGAAAUGAGCCGGAAACGAUUUGAUCGUGGGGGACGAGAAACUAUGUCUUUGUCUAGACGAACAUGUAGUAAUAAUUCCGGUUCAUCGGGUGUUGGAGACAUUUCACAUUUAGUUGCAGCUAUUACAAAAGGAAUGAGUAAAUCUAGUUAUGGUCCACCAAAUCAUCCGGAGGCUGGUUUCCAUGCUAAUGGCACAAGACAUGGUGAUGCAGGUAUACCUAAAUCAAGCUAUAACCAGUCAAGAAAAGAUUCUCAUUCAUUUAAUCCAGAUGAUCUUUACUUAUUUCUACGUGGUAUACCUUACUCUGCAACAGAAGAUGAAGUACGUGCUUUCCUUUCUGGGUUAUGUGUGGAUGGAGUGAUUCUGAUAAAGCAUCGCAAUGGCUUAAACAAUGGUGAUUGCUUGGUAAAAUUUGCCACACCUGGGGAUGCCUUAGAAGGACUUAAACGUCAUAGACAGUACAUGGGUCAGAGGUUUAUAGAAAUAAGUCCAUCUACAGAGGAACGGUGGAUUGAAUAUGGUGGGAGAGUAGACAUGACAAAUGAAAUGGAUCGCUUUUUGUGCAAAGAACAUUCUCCAGCAAGAAGUGCAGGCUACAUGCAUUCAAGGAAGCAUUCUCACUCCAGAUCACCAAGGAGACAAAGAACACGUUCCCGUUCACCUCCCACCCAGGAAUAUUACAUACACUUAAGAAAUUUAUCUACUAGUCUUGAGAAGAGAGAUUUGAGAGCUUUUUUCUCUGAUCUGGAUAUUUGCAGCAAACAAAUAAAGUUCCUAAUGGAUAAACAUCAGAGGAGGACUAGAGAUGCUUUUGUGAUGUUAAGGAAUGAGAGAGAUUAUCAGGCUGCUUUGGAAUAUCAUAGAAAGGCUCUUCUCAAUCGUCCUGUUUACAUUUUUCCAAUUUCAAGAAGAUCAAUGUUGAAAAUAAUUGAUUCUUGUGAGAGGAAAAGAUCACAGGAAAGAGAUCAUCCUGGACAAGGAAUACAGGAAAAAAGUUAUCGGGAAGGUCAUUCUGGUCCUAAGAUAUGUGUUUAUGUAAGAAAUUUUCCAUUUGAUGUGACAAAAAUUGAAGUGCAAAAGUUCUUUGCAAGAUUUGAUAUUGAUGAAGAUGAUAUUUACUUGCUCUAUGAUGACAAAGGAGUUGGGCUGGGAGAAGCAUUAGUGAGGUUCAAGUCUGAAGAACAAGCCAUGAAAGCAGAAAACUUAAAUCGGCGAAGGUUCUUGGGAACAGAGGUAUUAUUAAGACUUAUAUCUGAAGAGCAGAUGCAGGAGUUUGGUGUAACUGUUCCAUUGUCUGGACCAAGUGAAAUGCAAGGUCAUUCACUGGCAUAUGACAGAGGUGAGCUUUCCCGUCCAGUUGGUUCACCAUCUGGCCCACCACAGGGACCACCCAUGCAUUCAUUUGGUCCCCCAGGGAAUUUUAGGCAUCCUUCUGAAUUUAGGCACCCCCCUGAGGACUUCAUGUGCCCUCCUGAGGAUUUUAGAGGUCCUCCACCACUCAUGGAUUUUGGUGGUGACGGUGAACCUUUUGGCAGAAUGGAGUUUGGAAAUAGUAAAAUGGGAAGUUUUCCUGAAGGAAGAUUUAUGCCAGAUCCAAACUUCAGUGGCGGUUCUGAACGCGUUGUUCCUAUUCGAUUGAAAAAUUUACCAUUUAAAGCUACUCCUAAUGAGAUUCUGGAUUUUUUCUAUGGCUACAGAGUCAUACCAGAGUCGGUUUCUAUACAGUAUAAUGAGCAAGGAUUACCUUCUGGUGAUGCCAUUGUUGCUAUGACAAACUAUGAGGAAGCUAUGGCUGCUAUUAAUGAACUGAAUGAUAGGCCAAUUGGUCCACGGAAAGUUAAGUUGAGUUUGCUUUAAAGGAGGAAAAAUGCUCUAGAAUAAAGUAUUCUAGAUUUGACAGUGUUGACAGUUAUUUUCACUUUUUAAAUUACUGGACGAUGCAGAAGAAACAGUUCCCAUCAACGGUUGUAAAUAGUCUCUAGUUUAGUUGUUUAGUUCUGGUUGAAAUAUCUGUACGGUUAAGAUAUCUGAGAACUGUAUUGUGCCUGCUUCUUGUGGCAGAGAAGAGCCCAGAAAUUCUGGAGGACACUGAAUAUCAAGGUAUAAAAGCAUGGAGUUGCAAUGCUUCCUUUUUUAUUUUUAUUUUUUUCCUUUUUCCCCUCCAGUUUGCUUUAAUUCCAUGUCCCAUGACUUUGCAUCAAAUAAUCAAAAAUGUAAGUGCUGAAUGACUGACCACACAAACAGUUCAAGUAGAAAAACUUCAGUGCUGCCUGCAUUAGUAGACUACACUUUUUAUUGAAAAUAGCUUAAAAAAUAAAAUUGACUUAAUUUUUUGUGUAAA